AUGUCGCGCUUGCUCUUCUCCACCAUUGAGGUGACACGACAAGUUUUCUACCGGAAUACUCUCAGUUAUGCCAUCGUAAACCUCAAGCCCAUCGUUCCAGGACAUGUACUGGUCAUUCCGACGCGUCCGGUGCACCGCCUCGGCGACCUUACUCCUCCAGAGCUUUCGUCUCUGAUGCUGUCCGUGCAACAAGUGGGAAAGGUUAUAGAGCGCGUGUAUGGCGCGGACGGGUUGACCAUCGCGUGCCAGGACGGCAAGGCUGCAGGACAGUCUGUUCCGCAUGUCCAUUUCCAUCUCCUGCCCAGGAAGCUGCAUGGAGACCGUUUCGCGAACAACGACGACAUCUACCCUGCGCUUGAGAGUGUCGAAGGCUCACUGCGUCACGAUAUACGCGAUGCGCGAACCAAGAUAGCAGAAUCUAGCCCAGAACGCACAGAGGCUGCAGAUCUACAGCGACUCAAAGUGGACGCUGACGAUGACCGAAAGCCACGCACGAUGGAGGACAUGGAAAAGGAGGCUCAAUGGUUGAAGACAUUUUUCAAUGCAGAAAGCACAACGUCCGACUCUAAUUAG